UCAGGUGUGUGGAAGGUGGGCAGGAGGGUAGAGGCAGAGCCAGUGGCCCUGGGACAAUGGCUCUGACUGUGAAUGUGCGGCGACUGACCGGGCUGCCGGGAACUCAUGACCGACAAGUGAGGCUCAGCUUUCGGGGUUUUAUUCAGAAAACAAGGAGAAUUCACUGUGGCCAAGAAGCAGAUAUCAAUGAGCUGUUCCGCUGGCCACACUAUGGGGCUCCGCUGGCCGAGGAGUGUCUGUCUGUGCAGGUGGUCAACUGCAGCCGUGUGUUCAGCUCCAGGUCUCUGGGGACCCUGGUGAUUUCCUUACAGCAGCUACAGAGCGCUGGGCAUUUCGUGCUGCAGGAGGCCCUUGUGGAUAAGAAUCUGCAAGUGUCUCCGAUCCAGGUGGAGCUUGACCUGAAGUACCAGCCCCCAGAGGGUGCACCUGGAGCCUGGGCAGAGGACGACCCUGGGACACCCACUAGGGACAGCUCGGAGCUGGUCAUCCCCAACGUGGGUUUCCAGGAGCUAGAGUAAGUUUGAGGCCGGCUGGAGCGGCAGGCCGUGGCGUUGGGCCGCAGGCUCGCUCGAGGCCUCGCUCAGCAGGACGAUGAGGACAGUGAGCUGGAGCUGGAGCUGGAGCUGGAAGAUGAGCCUGAGGUGGAGCUCUCUGGCGUCGUGCUCAGUCCCCUCAAGAGCCGGACCCGGGGCCUGUCCCGGAGGGAUCCCUUCCAGGUGCCCAGGGCCCAGGACUUCCAGGUGGGGGUCACCGUGCUGGAGGCCCAGAAGCUGGUGGGGGUCAACAUUAACCCCUACGUGGCGGUGCGUGUUGGGGAGCAGCGCCGAGUGACCGCUACGCAGCGGGGGACAAACUGCCCUUUCUACAACGAGUAUUUCUUGUUCGAAUUUCAUGAGACCCGACUUCACCUCCAAGAUUUGCUGCUGGAGAUUACGGUGAGGGGGUUGGGGUGAGAGGUUUCUGUUAGACAAGGGGCGGGGGCCUAACGCCACUCCCCUCAGGCUUUCCACUCGCAGGCCCUCCCCUUUAUGGCCACCCGGAUCGGCACCUUCAGGAUGGACUUGGGCAUUCUCUUCGAUCAGCCAGGUACUGAGCCGGUCCCCCACGGCGGCCACUUCCCCCGGAAAUGGGCUCCGCUGUACGACCCCCGGGACACGCGCGCCGGGACCAGAGGCUUCGUCCAGGUCACGCUGUCCCUGCGGGGCGAGGGGGCCCGGCCUCCGGGGCGUAAAGGGCGGGGGUUCCGGCUUCUCAGCGGCCCCUCCUCCCCCAGGAACCUGCUCCUGCCGCGCCGGGUGCCGGCCGAGCGGCCGUGGGCGCGGCUGCGGGUGCGGGUGUACCGCGCCGAGGGGCUCCCCGCGCUGCGCCCCGGGCUGCUGGGCGGCCUGGCCCGCGCCCUGCACGACCCGCGCGUCCUCGUGGACCCGUACGUGCGAGUGUCCUUCCUGGGCCAGCAGGUAAGGCUCUCCUGUCCCGGCGAGACGGCGGCGCCCGAGUGGAACGAGCAGCUGAGCUUCGUGGAGCUCUUCCCGCCGCUGACGCGCGGCCUGCGCCUGCAGCUGCGGGACGACGCGCCCCUGGCCGACGUGGCCCUGGCCACGCACGUGCUAGACCUGCAGCAGAUCUCGCACCCGGGCCGCGCGGCGGGGUUUAACCCCACCUUCGGCCCGGCCUGGGUGCCUCUGCACGGCUCGCCCCCGGCGGGGGGGAUCCGGGAUGGGCUUCACAGUCUCAACGAAGGCCGGGGCCAGGGCGUGUGGUUCCGCGGCCGCCUGCUGCUGGCCGUGACCGUGGAGGUGCUGGAAGGGAGCGCGGGGCCGGAGCCGCUCCGGGCCGCACCGGGCUCCAGGCUGUCCCAGCUCCUGGGGAGGAAGAGGAGGAAAGCCCCGCGCCAGACCCCCGCGAGGACGCAGCCGCCCCUGGACGCCAGCCCAGGCGCUGCCGGGCAGGUUCCCGGCGCCAUGGAGGUGGAAGUGGAGGAAUUGCUGCUGCUGCCGGAGAACGCCCUGGCGCCCUGUGACGAUUUCCUACUUUUUGGGGUGCUCUUCGAGGCCACCAUGAUGGACCCCGCCAUGGCCGCCCAGCCCAUCGUCUUCGAGAUCUCCAUCAGUCCCGCAGGCCGGGAGGAGCCAUUGGCAAGGGCCCAGGAGGGAAUGGAGGACAAGAAGGAGGAGGCACAGCAGCCUUUGCUGAAGUCGGAGGUGGGAGUCAGGCUGGUGGAGGAGGAGUGGGGGAUCCCAGCUCAACGGCCUGAACCCAUGGAUGGCAGCGGGCCAUACCUUUGCCUGCCCCUGCGUCACCGCUGGGAGAAUCACACGUGGCGCCUGCACAGCAGUAACUGUGUGCAGAAAGUGGCAGAGAGGCUGGACCAGCGGCUCCAGGAGGUUGAGAGUCUGCAGCGCAGGCCAGGCUCUGGCGCCUGCACACGACACAAGCAGGCGCUGGAAGAGCUGGUGGCCGGGAGCAGGCAGUUCUGCCACAGCGCUGAGCGCAGGACGAUGACGCGGCCCAACGCCCUGGACAGAUGCCGAGGGAAACUGCUGGUGCACAGCCUGAACCUGUUCGCUAAGCAAGGCCUGCGCCUCCUACGGGGCCUGAGACGGGGCAACGUACAGGAGAAGGUGACCUUGUCCAAGAAACUCCUGGCAAAGCUGUGCUUCCUGGCCCAAGAGGUACUGCCUUGCCCACCCGCAUCCCCACCCUGAACACCCUCUCCCCCCCAGCCACCCCUCCCUGACGUGCUGGUCUGGAUGCUCAGUGGGCGGCGCCAUGUGGCCUGCGCCCGGAUCCCAGCCCAGGACGUGCUGUUCUCUGUGGUUGAGGAGGAACGAGGCCAGGACUGUGGGAAGAUCCAGAGUUUGCUGCUCACAGCCCCGGGGGCGGCGCCGGGGGAGGUGUGUGCCAAGCUGGCGCUCUUCCUGUGGCUGGGCCUGGGCAAGCAAGAGGCCUGCACCUCGGCGCUCCCCCAGGACCUGCUGCCCUCCUCCGCAGGGCUGCCUCGGAGCCUGCACCGGGCGGUGAACUUCAGCUACUUCCAGCUCCGGGCGCACCUGCACCAGGCCCGCGGCGUGCUGGCCGCCGAUGGCAGCGGGCUGUCGGACCCCUUCGCUCGCGUCCUCGUCUCCACGCAGUGCCAGGCCACCCGGGUCCUGGAGCAGACGCUGAGCCCCCUGUGGGACGAGCUGCUGGUGUUUGACCAGCUGAUCGUGGACGGGCGGAGGGAGCACCUGCACCAGGAGCCGCCGCUGGCGAUCGUCAAUGUCUUCGACCACAAUAAGUUUGGCCCCCCUGUGUUCCUGGGCCGGGCGCCGGCUGCCCCGAGGGUGAAGCUGCUGGAGGACCCUUACCAGCGCCCUGAGCUGCAGUUCUUCCCCCUGAGGAAGGGGCCCCGGGCGGCCGGAGAGCUCAUCGCCACCUUUGAACUCAUCGAGCUGGACUACAGUGGCCGACUUGAGCCCUCAGUGCCCAGCGACGUGGAGCCACAGGACCUGGCACCCCUGGCUGAGCCCCUCUCCGGCCGCCUCUCCCUGCCGCCCAGUGUGCUCCCUGUUUCCCCCCACCCCUGGGGGUCCCUCUGUCAGGCGCAGGCCCCUGAAUCUGCCACUUCCGGACCCGAGGCGCUGUUCUGGGGCCUGAGGGGCCUGGGCCAUGUGCAUCUGUUCGAGGUGGAGCAGCCCCAGGUGGUGCUGGAGCCGGCUGGGCGUUGUGUGGAGUCUGAGGUCCUGGCCAGUUACCAUGGGAACCCCAAUUUCACGGAGCUCGUCAGGCACCUGACCGUGGACUUGCCAGAGCGGCCUUACCUGCAGCCUCCCCUCAGCAUCCUGGUAAUUGAACGCCGGGCCUUUGGCCGGAUGGUGCUUGUGGGUUCCCACAUUGUUCCCCACAUGAUGCGAUUCACACUCCGGGGUCAUGAGGACCCCCCGGAGGAGGGAGGAGACGAGGAGACAGGGGUCUUGGAGCCCAAGGAACAUGAAGGACAGACGUCCCUGGAUCCCUUAUUGGUUGAAGCCGGGAUACCCAGGCGGCUCCCGAAGGAUCCUCGGAAGAAGCUCCCCCUGAAUGGCCUUCUGAAUCAAGGCCCAGAGCUGGAGGAGGACAUCCCGGAUCCUGAAGAGCUCGACUGGUGGUCCAAGUACUACGCUUCUCUGCAGGAGCUCCGGGGGCAGAUGGAGCCCAACUUUGAUGAAGAUGAAAUGGAUGAUCCUGGGGAUUCAGGAGGGGUCAAUGUCACUUCCGUGGAUGGGGAAGCCCAGGACCAGGGUGAGGCUGACGUCAAAGAUUCCAUGUCCCGGAAAACAGCAAUCGCCACUCUGAAGAUCUACAGCAGGUCCCUGGAGGAAGAGUUUAACCACUUUGAAGAUGUUCCGAGGGCCAGGGGGUCAGGAGGAGAUGGAGAGGGAGAAGGGGCUGGCCAUCUUGUGGGCAAGUUUAAGGGCUCCUUCCUCAUUUAUCCUGAAUCAGAGGCAAGGCUGUUUUGGGGGCCCAAAAUCUCCCGGGGAAUCCCACAAAACCGGCCCGUCAAGCUCUUGGUGAGAGUAUAUGUCGUAAAGGUGAGCACCCAUCACCCCAGCAUGCCUCCAGCAAAGGCAGCUUAUGUGCUGAUGGUGGGAGAAUGGACAGAAGCUUCUGAGACUCCUGAAACUCCUACCCACAUCAGACAGCUUCCUGGGGCGUGGAGGUGUCCUCAGCCAUUCUCCCUCCUGGCCAGGGUCCUGGAGCUCAGCAUCUCUCUCCCUGCUGAGCCAGAGCUGACUGUGGCUGUGUUUGACCAUGACCUCGUCGGGUCUGACGACCUCAUCGGGGAGACCCACAAUGACCUGGAAAACCGGUUCUAUAGCCACCACGGGGCGAACUGUGGGCUGGCCUCCCAGUAUGACCUAUGUCCAUGGCUGUCCCCACAUGAGGCGUACUCCCUUCCUGCCUGCAGGGAUGGGUACAAUGCCUGGCGCGAUGCAUUCCGGCCUUCGCAGAUCCUGGCGGGGCUAUGCCAACGCUGUGGCCUCCCCGCCCCUGAAUACCGAGCCGGGGCAGUCAAGGUGGGCAGCAAAGUCUUCCCGACACCGCCUGAGACCCUGCCCCCAGAACCUAACGUGGCAAGUGAGGUCCCUGAGGAGGCCCAGGCAUUGUUUGUGCUGUGGUGCUGGCAGGAGAUGCCAGGUUUUGGGAUCCAGCUGGUACCUGAGCAUGUAGAAACACGGCCCCUGUACCAUCCCCGCAGCCCAGGGCUGCUGCAGGGAUCCCUUCACAUGUGGAUUGACAUCUUCCCCCAUAAUGUGCCUGCGCCACCCCCAGUUGACAUCAAGCCUCGGCAGCCAAUCAGUUAUGAGCUCAGAGUCAUCAUCUGGAACACGGAGGAUGUGGUUCUGGGUGACGUGAACCCACUCACUGGAGAGAUGUCCAGUGACAUCUACGUGAAAAGCUGGGUGAAGGGGCUGGAGCAGGACAAGCAGGAGACAGACGUGCACUUCAACUCUCUGACCGGGGAGGGCAACUUCACCUGGCGCUUCGUGUCCUUCGACUACCUGCCCACGGAGCCGGCCGGACCCUUCGCGCUGGAAGAGGCCGAGUUCCCGCCGCCCGCCCCGCUGGUCCUGCAGGCCUGGGACUACGACCGCAUCUCCGCCAACGACUUCCUCGGGCCGCUGGAGCUGCAGCUGCCGGACAUGGUGCGGGGCGCCCGGGGCCCGGAGCUGUGCUCCGCGCGGCUGGCCCGCCGUGGGGUGGGGCCCCGGUGCAGUCUGUUCCGCUGCCGCCGUGUGUGGGGCUGGUGGCCGGUGGUGAAGCUCCGGGAGCCGGAGGAUGAGCAGCGGGAGCAGCGGGAGGCCCAGGCUGGCAGGAAGCGGCGGUGGAGGAGGAGAUGGAAGGGCCGGCCAGAAGACUUAGAGUUUGCAGACUCCGGAGGCAACGUCUACAUCCUCACGGGGAAGGUGGAGGCAGAGUUUGAGCUGCUGACGGUGGAGGCGGCGGAGAAGCGGCCAGUGGGGAUGGGGCGCGAGGAGCCCGAGCCCUUGGAGAAGCCCAACCGACAGCCGGCCAAAACCUCCUUCAACUGGUUUGUGAACCCGCUGAAGACCUUCGUCUUCUUCAUCUGGCGCCGGUACUGGCGCAUCCUGGUGCUCCUGGCGCUGAUCCUCCUCUUCCUCCUCCUGGUCUUCUACAGCAUGCCCGGCCAGAUCAGCCAGGUCAUCUUCCAGCCCCUCCACCACCCCCCGGGCCCCAACUGACCUGGACACUCCUCCCUUCGCACCCAUCCCUCACUCCUAC